AUGGCCGCGGGUACCGGCGGCAGGAAUGUGCCGCUGUGCAGCGCCGAUCACGGCGGCAUGAGGCGGGAUGGCGGCGGGGACCCGUACUGGUCCAGGCCUGAGUCCCGUGUGUGGACGGUGCUGCUGCUGCUGGGGACGUGCCUGCUGUACUGUGCCCGCGUCACCGUGCCCAUCUGCGCCGUCGCCCUCAGCACCCACUUUGACUGGGACAAGAAGCAGUCUGGCAUAGUGCUCAGCAGCUUCUUCUGGGGCUACUGCCUGACACAGAUCAUCGGGGGACACAUCAGUGACCAAGUAGGAGGUGAGAAAAUCCUCCUCCUCUCAGCAUCAGCCUGGGGGCUCCUCACAGUCCUUACCCCGCUGCUCACCCAUGUCACUUCUGCCCAUCUUGUUUUCAUGACCUCCUCCAGGUUCCUCAUGGGGCUGCUGCAAGGGGUGUACUUCCCGUCCCUGUCCAGCCUGCUGUCCCAGAAGGUCCGGGAGAGCGAGCGAGCCUUCACCUACAGCACGGUGGGGACUGGCUCACAGUUUGGGACACUGGUGAUUGGUGGUGCAGGAUCUCUUCUCCUGGACUGGUAUGGCUGGGAGAGCGUUUUCUACUUCUCUGGUUUGCUCACUUUGCUUUGGGUUUACUGCACCUGCAAGUACCUGCUGAGUGAGAAAGAGCUCAUCAUCCCCAUAGACUAUUUAAUGAGAGGCCUCUCAUUCUCCAAGCAGACCAAAGUUCCCUGGAAGCAGUUGUUUAAGAAGGCUCCAAUAUGGGCUGUCAUCAUUGCUCAGCUUUCCACAGCCAGCACAUUCUUCACUCUCCUCUCCUGGCUGCCAACUUUCUUUAAGGAAACUUUCCCUGAGUCCAAGGGUUGGGUGUUUAAUGUAGUCCCCUGGCUGGUGGCAAUCCCAACAAGCUUGUUUGGUGGAUUUCUGUCAGACCACUUGAUCAACCAGGGGUACAAGACCAUCACCAUUCGUAAGUUCAUGCAGGUCAUUGGCUCUGGUGUCUCCAGUGUUUUUGCUUUGUGCCUGGGCCAGACCUCCAGCUUUUGCAAAGCAAUUGUGUUCGCCUCGGCCUCUGUGGGGCUUCAGACCUUCAACCACAGUGGCAUUUCAGUAAAUGUUCAAGAUCUGGCCCCCUCUUGUGCUGGUUUGCUGUUCGGUGUUGGAAAUACUGGUGGAGCCCUCCUAGGUGUUGUUUGUGUGUACUUGGCUGGCUACCUGAUUGAGACAACUGGUUCCUGGAUUUCUGUUUUCAACCUGGUGGCUGCUGUUAACAGCAUUGGCCUCUGUGCAUUCCUCAUGUUUGGAGAGGCCCAGAGGGUGGACACAGAUUCUGCAUAUGUGGACCUCUAG